AUGCAGGCGGCGCUCCACACGUCGGUGCGGCGGAUCUCAGCGGCGAUCCAGAGCUCUGGACUGACGCACGAGCUCUCUGGUGCACUGCGCGGCGACGCAGGCGCGCUGGCAAGCGCGCAGCUGGGCUGGGCGCGCUGGUUCCAAUCGAGCAACGGCGCUCGCGACAACGCGUGGCCGACCGCGAGCCCAGCGAGCAGCCCGGGCCCCGGGAAGCUGCCCGGAGUCGCGGUGCAGCCUGGGUACGAGUCUGGUCGGGAGCAGGGCAUCGUCCACGUCAACACGACGAAGAACAACACGAUCCUGACGCUCACCGACCUGUACGGAUCGACCAAGUGCGCGGCGUCCGCGGGCACCGCCGGCAACAAGGGCGCGCGGCGGAAGGGCGCCGUCGCUGCUGGCGACGCCGCUGUUCAGCUGGCGCAGCGCGCGAUCGGCCUGGGCUUCAAGAACGUGGCGGUGCGGAUCAAGGGCAUCGGGGCGGCCCGCGAGGUGGCGAUCCGGAGUCUGCAGGCCACGGGCCUGAAGGUCACGCGCAUCGACGACACCACCGCGCUCCCGCACAACGGCUGCCGCCCACCAGCGCGCCGCCGCCUGUGA